CAGGUACUAAAGUCUGUUGUCCUCCUUCUUCUACCGUGAGUGUUUUUGCUACCACACCACCUACAGAGUUACAUUUGGUCGAGAUGGCGUCCAAGCCUGUUGUUCUGCAAAUCCGUCCUCGUGGAAAGCCCAUAAAGGCUCUGCCCGAUACCCUCGAACUGGGUCCCAAUGCCACUUCUGCCGACCUCUACGCUGAGCUCGCAGCUCGAUCUAAAUUCUCCGUCCAUCAGCUCCGCGUCACCAAAGGUUCCGACGGCAGCGUUGUCCCCAAUGCUCAAGAAACCUCUGUGCAUGCGACAGGCUUGAGGGAUCAGAGCACGAUACAUGUCAAAGAUCUUGGGACACAGAUUGGUUGGCGGACAGUGUUCAUCAUCGAAUACUUUGGACCGAUCCUGAUACAUCCCUUGUGGCUUGCACUACGCCCAUACAUUUAUCCUUCGGCGACCCAGGAAGCAUCCCCACUGCAGAAGCUGCUAUGCUGGCUCAUUUGCCUGCAUUUCACCAAGAGAGAGCUGGAGACGCUGUUCGUUCAUCGUUUCUCUGCGGCCACUAUGCCAUUCAGGAAUGUCUUCAAAAAUAGUUUCCAUUACUGGGUGCUCUCCGGAGCCCUGAUUGCGGCCUUCAUUUACUCGCCCUCUUCGGCUGCAGCGCGAAAAGCGAAUCCCCUGCUCUUGUACCCUGGGCUUGCCCUUUUCGCCCUUGGUGAACUUGGAAACCUCCAAGCUCAUCUGACUCUGAUGGGUCUCAGGAGUGCGGGCGGAUCAGAGCGUGGUAUCCCGCAAGGCCCUCUUUUCAAGCUGGUCACAUGUCCAAAUUAUUUGACCGAGACGCUUUCAUGGAUUGGCGUGUAUCUUGUCAGUGGGCUGAGCUGGGGUGUCCUCAUCUUUACUAUUGUGAGUGUGGCGCAGAUGGCAGAGUGGUCGAAGAAGAAAGAAAGCCGGUAUCGCAAAGAAUUCGGCGACAAGUAUAAGAAGAAGCGUUACACGAUGUUUCCAGGCAUCUGGUAAAAGGUGCCGGCGCUAGCGCGGGACUAGAGGAGUCGAAACCGUGUAUGACCAGAUACGAAAGUCCAUCCAUUGUAUUGGGGGACCACGGCCAUUCAAUUCCUCGCCAUUGGACGCGACCAUGUGAUCAUGGGACACUGUACCUGUACGAGGUGGAAUCUGUUUCGAGGUGCCUAAAGGGUUGCGUGAUAGGGACCAUCUCUGCGUGGGCAGGUUCGACAUUAGGCCGAACAAAGUAGAUCACGACCAACACAUUUCCUUCAUUCAUCUGCCUCAUGCCAAAAUCUAAGAUAUGAUUGUUAAAAAGGGUGGACUCUUGGGUAGCCCGUGCCGCUUGAAAAAUGA